GCUUGAGAUUCUUGGAGUCAUUUGAAUGUGCAUUCAUGCAUGGUGAGUGCAGCUUGCCAGACUUCGUUAUGGGUCCUUCUCAAGGUACAUGUUUUGGGAUGGCGCGUUCCAUGGUAUCUUGACUGCCGCCACAAUACCGAAUGGACCAGCUUUAGGCAGGCAUUGGAAGCACUUGGCGGUUCUUACCAGGACGAAGUUUUUUGGUGGUCUCAAGCCUUGCUGGAAAGGAUUGAGCCAAGCUUCCUCCGCGUUCAGAACGCUGAUCAUUUGUACUUCCUUUGCAAUCCAAAUGGAAGCCUAGAAGAUGAUGAGCUGGUACCUCUUCAGUCAGAUGAAGAGAGCAUAUUUCGAUUGAGCACCGGAACUGCUCACUGGACCAUGGAGGAGCGGGAACACAGAAGCUAUGCUCUUGGUGACUUCUGUUACUUUGGCUACAUGGCUGCGAUCGCCUACCGUACGAGGAACACCGAUGCGUCGAUCCCUGGGGUUCUGGAAGGCAGAGAACAUGCUUUGCGGCUGCUUCAGAACUUUUUGAUGAGUCGAGCUAACUCUGUUGACUUCCUGGAGUCUUCUGGUUGGAUGACGCAUGAGCUUGUGCUGCAGCACAUCUACCCAGAUGGUGCGGGAAGGCAAUGGUCUCGGCAUAUAUUGGACGAUCCAGACAGGCCUUUUGUGGAUCUUGGCUUCAACGAAUCUGAGCACAUGACAAGAAAAGGGCUUCAAGAGCUGCGCAUCACAGCUGUCGGAUACCAUACUACCCUCGUGCUUGAAUUGAUUUCUCUGUGGGACGAGUUCCUUUAUGACCAGCUUCGCUUGCACUUUACUGUGCAUGUUUUGGAGCCAGGACUCGGAGAAGCAAGCGAGGAGAUGCUAGAAGCCUGAGGGUUUAUUGAACAGAUAGUUUGUCAGUGCAAGGGGAGUUUGUCGGGAAAAAGGAGGGCCGGGUUCAUCGAGGGCGUUUCAGAAUUGAAGCAAUCACAUUCGGAUUUUGUGGAAGAGGGUGGAGUCGGAGUAGAAUGGUUGGGCCGAAGACCCGUUUUGAAGGCACGUUAUUGUUGCAGUGCUGUAAGUGUUCAAACUUUUAGUUUGGGUGUUUUUGUGCCACGUCUGAGGAAAAUUACGCACAAUGCCCUUAUAUUUGGAGCUUUAAGAAAAUCUCUCACGCAACGCUCACAUUGAAUUCAUGAAACCACUAAUUAGUGUCAGAGCUACGAUUUGAAAGAUUCGUUCACGGCGGGAAGUCUCGCAUGAUCCAAGGAGUUUUCGCACGAAAAACUUUGUGCUCUCCAUUUGAGGUCGUGAAGCUGCUUUUUAAACAACGGGUACCGCACAAGAUGCUCGUUUUCGAACAUGGUUCAUAUACAGAGUUUCUGCAAAGUAAUCUCGUCGAGAUCUUCUUAAUUUUGCUAAGGAUUUUGCAGAGAUCUUGUAGAGAGAUGUAGAGAGGUCUUGUACAGGGAUCGUGUCGCCUUCAGGCGCCAAACAUGAAGUAAACGUGAUGCUGACACUUCUUGUGUUUCCUGCAUGGUGUUCGUGACCACCUUGCCGGACAGACAAAUCUUUGUGAG